AUAGCGAUUAAUUCACAAUGCAAAGUAUGUUUUCUUAUUUUUCAUCUCCUUCAGACAGAAGUAGUGCUCAUUAUGAUAAUGACAAUACUCAGCAUACUCAAAAUGGAAGUCAGAAAAUGAAGGGAGAGGUUCACAGUCAUUUAGAGGAGAGCAUUCGUCCAUACAUUGAUCUGAUUGACACUUUGCGGUCAGUUGGCAUUCACAAGGACUUGGCUUUACCGACUAUUGCAGUGAUCGGAGACCAAAGUUCUGGAAAAAGCUCUGUGUUGGAAGCACUGUCUGGAAUUGCUUUACCAAGAGGGAGUGGAAUUGUCACCAGAUGUCCAUUAGAGCUGAGGUUGAAGAAGGUAACCGGUGGAGUCAACUGGAAGGCUGUUCUGUCUUACCGUGAUAAGAAAAUAGAAUUUGUCGAUUCAUCACUGGUUGAAAACUACAUCGAACAAGGUUAA